CCGCCCCAGCAGUACCCGCCAGAAGAGGAGGGGCCGUGGCAGGGAGUGGUAUCUUGCAGCCCCCUUCCCAGCCGUGGAAAGAAUCCGGCCGGGAGUCUCGCGCUCUCGACUCAGCCCUUCCCUUGCCUGAGAGAUCCCCUUUCAGUGGCCCCUCCCCUCUGCCUGGAGGACCGCUGGGCAAGGGAAGAGAGUCGCGCUUCCUAGAGAGACAGGUGAGACGGAAGGCUGGCCCUGCAAGCAGGCACUUCCCGUCUGGUCUGGCUUUUCUCGCAGCACCAGCAGCUGCUUGGGAGAAGAAUCCGUGGUAGCUCAAUUCAGAAGCUGAAGAAGCCGCUCAGAAGAAAAAAUAUCCACGUUUAAUCAUGCAAAACUAAAUCCGGAAAAAAAAAACCCUGAAAAUGAAAGAGUGAAGGAGGUUCUGAAGAAGUAAAAUAUAUGGUACUUAGAGUCAGAAGUUCAAGGGAAGCCGUUUCCAGUCUUUAAGAAACUGCAGGGCGAUCUUUGGCUACAGUGACCGGCAGUUCUCUUUCACACAUCAAGAAUUUGCAGAUGUUAUUUGCUUGAAGAAAAACUCCUUCUGGGAUGACCCCGGAGCACAGAAAAAUGUCCAUAAGGGCAGCCUCCAGGGGAGAAGCUGGACUUUGAAAGUGAAUUAUAUGCUUGUCUGGAAACGACAAUAACUUUCAGUGCCACCAGCAAACUUGCCUUGGCUUUGUGUGGCUAAGAGGUGGAUUCAUCACAUUCUUCUUGGCCUGGGCAGCAAAGUAGCAUUAGAGGAAGAAGAGCUUUUGGAUGUGAUGGAAGCUUAAGCUGAGCUUAGAAAGACCAUGGAUGUGCCAAGCCCAGCAAAGAGUGGAUCAGGGAAGGGAACAGAAAAAGGCCCUCCAGCCAUCCAGUCUGGCAAUGAUAAGGGAUUCUGGGAAAGAACUGUGCAGAAGAUCCUGGGAGGAGACACCACCAGCUCAGAUGUCCAGGUCAGGAGAUUCAGACGGUUCGUCUACCAGGAAGUUGAAGGGCCCCGAGAGGUUUGCAGCCGACUCCACCACCUUUGCCAGCAGUGGCUGGCGCCAGAGAGACACACGAAAGCUCAGAUGCUGGACCUGGUGAUCCUGGAGCAGUUCCUGACCAUCCUGCCCCCGGAGAUGGAGAGCUGGGUGAGAGAAUGCGGAGCGGAGACCAGUUCGCAGGCAGUGGCCCUGGCAGAAGGUUUUCUCCUGAGCCAGGCAGGGGAGAAGAAGCAGGAAGAGCAGCAGACAGAUGGGAUAUUAGCCCAAGCAGCCCCUGAGCUCCAAGAUUGCGAGACAGCUCUGUUGGUGACCCGGCAGAAGCUACUGUUCGGAGGGAUUGUGCAGGAGAGUGACGGAGGCAUCAGUGCGCUGGGUAUGGAUAAAGGCAGUGAAAUGAUGCUGGAGACUCCUCCUGGACCUUCUCCUCUUGGUGGUGGAGUGGAAACUGUUGCUGUGCACUCACCAGAUCAGGAGUCUGUGAGCUUGGAGGAGGUGGCUGUGUGUUUCUCUGAGGAGGAGGCGGCUCUGCUGGAUCCAGGCCAAAGGGCUCUGCACAGGGAAGUCCUGGAGGAGAUUUCUGGGCAUCUGGCCUUUCUGGGUGAUUGGAGGGAGGGAGAGAAACAGGCCGAUGGAGCGAGAAGGAGAACCGAAGGGAGCCAGAAGAGGAGGCAGACUAGUCCUUCCGAAGGGCCAGACGUGCAUUCCAUCCCAGACCAAGGAGAAUGCCACAAGGGAAGCAGAAGGAAUAAGAUCGCUCAGGAUGUAGAAACCUUGACUAGUAAGCCACAUCUGAGCAGACAUACCAGAAUCUACACGGGAGAGAAACGACAUUCCUGCUCAGAGUGUGGAAAGAGGUUCCGUCAUAAAGCAAAGCUUACUAACCAUCAGAGAGUACAUACAGGAGAGAAGCCUUUUAAAUGCUCAGAAUGUGGAAAGUGCUUCAGUCGUAAGGAUAUACUUAUUCCCCAUCAAAGAGUUCACACAGGAGAAAAACGACAUUCCUGCUCAGAGUGUGGAAGGAGCUUCAGUCAGAAGGAAGGACUUACUGUGCAUCAAAGAAUCCACAGAGGUGAGAAGCCUUUUAAUUGCUUAGAAUGUGGAAAGUGCUUCAGUCGGAAGGCAACGCUUAUUUCCCAUCAAAGAGUGCACAUAGGGGAGAAACCACAUACCUGCUCAGAGUGUGGAAAGAGCUUCAAUCAUAAGUCACGACUUGCUGUCCAUCAAAGAGUCCACACAGGAGAGAAACCAUAUACCUGCUCAGAGUGCGGAAGGAGCUUCACCCGUUCUGAUGGUUUUAUUUACCAUCAAAGAGUCCACACAGGAGAGAAACCAUAUAACUGCUUAGAGUGUGGAAAGAGCUUCAUUAAUAAGUCAGGACUUACUGUCCAUCAAAGAGUCCACUCAGGAGAGAAACCAUAUACCUGCUCAGAGUGUGGAAGGAGCUUCAAGGAUAAGUCAGGACUUACUGUCCAUCAAAGAGUCCACACAGGAGAAAAACCACAUACCUGCUCAGAGUGUGGAAAGAGCUUCAGGCAGAAGGGAAAUCUUACUUCCCAUCAAACAAUCCACGCAGGAGAGAAGUCUUUUAAAUGCUCAGAAUGUGGAAAGAGUUUCAUUCGGGCUGACAAGCUUAGAGUCCAUCAAAGAGUCCACACGGGAGAGAAACUCUAUACCUGUUCAGAGUGUGGUAAGAGUUUUACCGGUUAUACUGAUCUUAUUUCCCAUCAAGGAGUCCACACAGGAGAGAAACCACAUACCUGCUCAGAGUGUGGAAAGAGCUUCACUACUAAGUCAGGACUUACUUCUCAUCAAAGAGUCCACACAGGAGAGAAACCCUAUACCUGCUCAGAGUGUGGAAAGAGCUUCAUUAAUAAGUCAGGCCUUACUGUCCAUCAAAGAGUCCAUACAGGAGAGAAACCAUAUACCUGCUCAGAGUGUGGAAAGAGCUUCAAGGAUAAGUCAGGACUUAUUGUCCAUCAAAGAGUCCACACAGGAGAGAAACCACAUACCUGCUCAGAGUGUGGAAAGAGCUUCAGGCAGAAGGGAAAUCUUACUUCCCAUCAAACAAUCCACACAGGAGAGAAACUCUUUACCUGUUCAGAGUGUGGAACGAGGUUUACCCGCUAUACUGAUCUUAUUUCCCAUCAAAGAGUCCACACAGGAGAGAAACCACACUCUACUCAGAAGUGUGGAAAUAAUUUUAGUAAUAACACAAACCUUUCAAUGCAUCGAAGAAUCCACACAGGAGAGAAGCCUUUUCAAUGCUCAGACUGUGGAAAGAGCUUCACCCGGGGUGACCAGCUUACUGUCCAUCAGAGAGUCCACACUGGAGAGAAACCAUAUAACUGCUCAGAGUGUGGAAAGUGUUUCAGUCAGAAGGCAAAACUUACUUCCCAUCAAAGAGUCCACACAGGAGAGAAACCAUAUACCUGCUCAGAGUGUGGAAAGAGCUUUAGUUGGAAGGCAACACUUAUUUCCCAUCAAAGAAUCCACACAGGUGAUAAGCCAUAUACCUGCACAGAGUGUGGAAAGAGCUUCAUUCACAAGGCAACACUUAUUUCCCAUCAAAGAAUCCACACAGGUGAGAAGCCUUUUAAAUGCUCAGAAUGUGGAAAGAGCUUCACUCGGGGUGACCAGCUUUCUGUCCAUCAAAGAGUCCACACAGGAGAGAAACCACAUACCUGCUCAGAGUGUGGAAAGAGCUUCAGUCAUAAGGAAACACUUACUUCCCAUCAAAGAAUCCACACAGGAGAGAAACCGCAUACCUGCUCAGAGUGUGGGAAAAGGUUCAGUCAGAAGUCAAAGCUUACUAACCAUCUAAGAGUCCAUACUGGAGACAAACCACAUAUCUGCUCAGAGUGUGGAAAGAGGUUCAGUCAAAAAGCAACGCUUACUUCCCAUCAAAGAAUCCACACAGGAGAGAAGCCUUUUAAAUGUACAGAAUGUGGAAAGAGCUUCACUCAAUCUGACCAGCUUACUGUCCAUCAAAGAGUUCACACAGGAGAGAAACCAUAUACCUGCUUAGAGUGUGGAAAGAGGUUCAGUCAUAAGGCAAAGCUUACUAACCAUCAAAGAGCCCACACAGGAGAGAAACCAUUUACCUGCUUGGAGUGUGGAAAGAGGUUCCUUCAUAAAGUAACACUUACUUACCAUCAGUCUGUCCACACAGGAAAGAAACCAUAUUCCUGCUCCGAGUGUGGAAAGAGCUUCAGUUGGAAGGCAACGCUUACUUCCCAUCAAAUAAUCCACACAGGGGACAAGCAUUUUAAAUGCUCAGAAUGUAGAAAGAGCUUCUCUCGGGGUGACCAGCUUUCUGUCCAUCAGAGAGUCCACACAGGAGAGAAACCAUAUACCUGCUCAGAGUGUGGAAAGAGCUUCAGUUGGAAGGCAGCACUUAUUUCCCAUCAAAGAAUCCACACAGGAGAGAAACCAUAUACCUGCUCAGGUUGUGGGAAAAGCUUCAAUCAGAAGGCAAAGCUUACUUCACAUCAAAGAAUCCACACUGGGGAGAAGCCAUAUAACUGCUCAGAGUGUGGGAAGAGCUUCAGGCAGAAGGGAAAGCUUACUUCCCAUCAAAGAAUACACACAGGAGAGAAGCCUUUUAAAUGCUCAGAAUGUGGAAAGAGCUUCACUCGGGGUGACCAGCUUACUGUCCACCAAAGAGUCCACACAGGAGAAAAACCAUAUACCUGCUCAGAGUGCAGAAAGAGAUUCAGUCAUAAGGCAUCACUUACUAAGCAUCAAAGAGUCCACACUCGAGAGAAUAGUCAAAGAUGAAUACUCACCUUACUUGGCUUUCCACUGAGACGGGGUAGUACUAAAACCUGACCCUGCCUUUCUACCCAUAGUGGUGACGGACUUGCACGUGGCUGAGGAACUGAGCCUGCCAGUCUCCUUUCCUGACCCUGUCUCAGAAAGAGACAGGGCAUACUAUUCUCUAGAUGAAGACAAAGCGCUGGCCUUUUAUGUGGACAAGACGAAGCCUUUUAGAAAAUCCAAUAGGCUGUUGGUUUGCUAUGUGGGUUCCUCCAAGGGAAUGCCUAUCUUGAUUCGGAGACUCUCUGCUUGGGUGUCUGAAAUCAUUGCUUUGGCUUACAACUGGCAUGGAAGCCACCGCCACGCUCUAUCCAGGCACACUCCACCUGAGCAGUAGCAUCUACCACGACUUUCUGGAGAGGCAUCCCUCUUGAUGAAAUCUGCAGGGCUGCGACCUGGUCUAGACCUCCCACUUUGUCGUGGAUGUCCGAUCCCUGUCGCGGGCAGCAUUUGGUGCUUCGGUUCUCUGGACUGUCUCCCAGUAGGCUGCUCCCUCCUUCCAGCAUCAUCAGACUCUGUUUGGGGGGCUGCCUCAUAUGAAGAGGGGGUCAGACUCAUGGACCAUGACUCCUAGCCAGUCUUAAAAUAUAAAAUGGCUGUGCUGAUGCUAAGAAAUGCAUCUUUGCCGAAACCCUUGUGUAGCGAGUGUUUGACCAACCGUGAGGAAAAGCAGCUGGAGAGAGUGACCAGAAAAAUCUAUGCAACAAGCUACUGCUUUGUUGACUUCCUCGCUGAGAAGAAGACAGAAGCCCUCUCUAACCGCUAUCUGGAAAUGUGAGAAGACCAUCUGCUUUCUCUGAAGAAGACAACCGGUAUGAAGAAUAAACAAAGGUUUCCUAGAUGUAAAUAUUCAGUAUGUAUCAUUUUGGUAAUGAAUUGGCCUUCUCUUAAUAUAAAGUGAACAAACAGAUAAGUAAUUGGUAGUUAUAAAUCUGCCCAGUAGAAGAUAAUAGCAUAAAGUUUAUUUUAAAGAGUUAAGUUUUCCUCCUUCAGAGAGCUGUAUUGAUUGCAGUCGAUAACCCUGGCAGUUUAAGACUGUUGAAUGUCUGGUAACGAUUCUAACAGCGGGUUCACCUAAGAAAGAUAGCUCCGAUAAGGAAAAUGUUUUUUUGCCUGUAAGUGCCUUGUGUUAAUGGGUUUUGUUUGUAUGACUAUAUCUCAUUAAUUCUGAAUUCCGAGAAUCAUCCUUAAGCUCUAAGUCAUUUGGAUAUCUCUAAGGAAUACCGGGCAUGUAACAUGGUUUUUACAGGCUGAGGUCCUAGCUUCACCCUUCUUUCUUGAUCAUGGGGUAUAGCUGCUUAGGCUAUGCUUCCCUAUGUGAUGUCGAGGAGGUGUUGAAGAAGAACGCACAUGUAAAAUGAACUUGGAGGUGUUCUUGUUUGGGUUUUCCUGUACAAAGAGAUUCCCUCCCAUUUCAUCACUCUGUUUUAAUUAUGAAUACUCUUUAGAAAGAAAGAGAGAACUUGUGAAUGGGAAUCAUGCCUGAUGUAACAUGAAAUUGAUUUGUAACUUUGUUUACAUUCCAUGUGUUUGAACUGAGUCAGGGCAUACCAGUGUCUUGAGCAAGAUUAUAUUAAGAAAUAAAACCUGAAAGAAUAAAGAAACAAUGAACAGAGAAAGUAACUUAUGAAACAAAGAAAAUGUUAAAGAGCUCUUAAUGAAAGGUGUACCCCAACAGCAACACCAAAUGAAGGGCUUGUGUAUGUCUAUUUAAUUGCAACUUGUUUGUGAAUGCUUUGCUUAUUGUUUAGCAUGUGCGAGUGUGUUGUUUGAACCAUUUUGCUUGUACCAUUUCAGUAAGAAUUGUUACUUGAUUGUUAAUUGUUAAUUGAAUACUGUAAGUAAGAAUUGUUUGUCUUUUAUUAUUUUACCACUGAGCUCCAGUGGUUAAAUGAGUAGGUUAAAGGUUGGGUUGAGUGUCCCUCUUUCUGCCAUUUCUUCACAAUCUGACAGUUGGAGGAAGUCGAGCCCCCACCAAGAGGAAGGUGUUAUGGACAGCGUCCCAUUUUGGGUGGGCAUUUGAUCCCAAAGUGACAAAAGGGCCAUUUUGACCCUAAGAAAAGCUAUUCUGCACAGUCUUCUUUCUUGCUGAGAACUGCACCUGGUGUUUCUGUGUGGCCUUCCCUUCUCCCCUCCCAGUCAAAACAAUCAGCUCACCCGGGUCUGACUUCUUGUUUGGAAUUGGGAGUGGGGAAAGUGAUAGUGAAAACUGUUAAACUGAGGCCUGUAACAGCAUUUCCGCGGCAGAAGGAAAGGGUCUGGAGUGGAUACUACUGUGGCUUUGAAACAUCUGGGAUGGAGAAGACAACUUUGAAAGCUUUUUUCUGGCAAGUCCUCAGAGAGAGAGAGAGAGAGAGAGAGAGAGAGGAACUGUCCUAUAUUUUUGAACUUGCUUGAUUUUUGUAUUCCCUCACCCCCCCACCCCCAGUGUGUUUUGUAUUUAGGUCUUGCUACUGUGUCUUGAAACUAAAAACCUCUACUUCAGUGACAUGCCUUGGCUUUAUGUCAAUGUUUGAGUUUUGCUUUUGAUACUAUUUUUGACCCUGGCAAUAAAAGAGAUCUUAGAGGAGAAA